AUGUCCCACUCUAUUUUGGGCGACCUAUGCAAACCACCUACACUUACAGCAACCACUGGAAAAUAUGUACAACUUGUCCACGAUGCAACCGCUGAACUCCAUCAACCGCUUCAAUCGAUCCUGUCAGCUUUAGAUCGUCGCGCCAAUGCAUUGACAAAGCUUGCCAAUUUUGACGCAGCCCUUCAAGAUGCCAACGCCAUGCAGCUACUUGCACCUUCGUCAGCACUUGGUUAUAUACGUGCAGCAACCAUUUACAGCGAGCAAGGAAAACAACGUCAAUCCAUCGAUAUCUGCAACCAGGCACUGAAUGUUGUUGAUACCAAGGAUAUGGGCUAUGAUGGGCUGCAACGAGCCAAAGAGGUUGCCAUGCAACGCCAAAGCAUAUGCAUUGACUUUGUCACCCAACUACCAGUCGAUGUUGUUAUCACCACGCUCAUUCCCAUGUUCAUGGAUUAUUUUCCAUUGUAUUCCAACCAACCGAGUCCUUAUCUAUCCGUGUCUCGUGUAUGGCUUGAUCGUAUUAUUCAGUGCUUUGGCGAAUUAAGUUUCGUUGUUUAUGAGCGCGAGCACUCCCAAGUCAUUGACCUUUCUCGACAUACCAAGUCAUUGCAUUUCAACAGUUAUGGUGGAGGAACAUGGGUCAGCGAUUUGAUUGAUAAUAAUGACUUUUGCGCCUUACAAGAGAUAGCUAUCGAAAGCUUCGUGAGCAUCCAUAUUGGCCGCUUUAUCUCGUCAUUGAAAUCAAUUAGCAGCACCUUGACCCAUUUGAAUCUCAAUAUGGAAUCUGGACCCGAUAUAGGAUUAGCCGAGAUUGUGUUGGCUUGCCCCAAUUUGAAGUUGCUCGACAUAACUGAUGCGAUGGAUGCCGAUGUCACCUCUCUACCUAUGACGACAUGGCCGACAUUAACGACACUAUCGCUUUUAUAUGCAAAGAAGAAUGUCACCUGCGAUCAAGUAACCGCCAUCUGGAAGCGUUUUCCAUCACUCAAGAAACUUACACUUUCGCCAUGCACCGAUAUCCAAUCAACCCUUCUUGUGUCAGAAUAUUGCCCCUCAGUGAAUCGCCUUGACGUCAGCAUAAGCUGUUUGGGAAUUGAGCAUAUCUACUCGCAUGAAGAAAACAGCAGCAAAGAACAUGAAGUGACAAAGAUCAUCAUGGAAAUAGAGCGCUUACCCGACGAGACAUGCAAGGACACCAGCUCCAUUAUAAAAAAGUACCACGACACGCUUGAACACCUUGAAUGGGAUAUGGAUAGUAGCUUGGAUACCGAGAACAUUGAGCAUCUUCAGUACCCUCGUCUCAAGAAACUUGGUCUCUUUUGGUCUGGAUGGCAGAUACCACACAAUGCACCCUUAUUAGAGGAAUUGACGUUGACAUCAAGGAUCAUCAGCACACAGCCUCAAGUCCUUGAUACGGUUCCACCGCACUUGAAAAAGCUCGAGUUGAAGCUCCACGAUAUACCGCAACUUGUUGACAAGACAUCGGUCGUACGAUAUCUCACUCGUAUUUCUCUACAAUGUCAGCUCAAAGAACUUGUGGUGCGUUUCAACAGCGAGGAGAACGUCACCAGUGUCAUGGAUGCUAUCUACCGCCUCGAUCAACUUGAAUGUCUAAAGAUCAGUUUUACGGACGUGUGGAAUCCUUAUCGAAUGGAACGCUUCUUUGAUGGACUUGUCAAAGCAUGUCCUCAUUUAUCCCGCCUUGAACUCAGAUGCGGCAAUGCACCAUCGAUCUAUUCCAUGAAUACCCUGAAAGGACUUGCACAUUUAAACAUGUUUGCAUUCUGUGUCUAUGGCUCGGAUGGCUUUGACGAAUUUUGGGAUGCGAUUCGAAGGUUUUCUCAGCUCAAGUGUAUCAGGAUCUACCCUAAUUACGCAAUCCAUAAAAGCAACCUUACAUAUCUCAAGGAAGAACGACCGGACUUGAAGGUCAUCGUUGACAGACACCAUCACCACUUUUGA